AUGUGUGGGAAUUAAAAUAAGGAGAGGGAAGAAAGGACGGGCUAUGGGGGGAAUGCUUAUAGGGGCAAGGGAAGGAAUCAAAAUGAUGAGAGUGGAAAGGGAGGAGGAGGAGGAGGAAGAGGGGAUAAUGGCUAGGAAAAUAUGGUUAGGGGAGGAGGUGUGGAAUAUGAUAGGAGUAUAUGUGAAUAAGGAUUUGCAGAAGAAGCUGGAGAGAAUGAGGAAUGGAUGGAAGAAAGGGAGAAGGGGUAAGGGUUAUAAUGGGUGGAGAUUUAAACGCUAGGACGGGAACGCAAGGAGGAUGGGGGUCAGAGGAGGGGGGUAAGGAAGAAGAGACAAGGAGGUCGAAGGACAAGAAGAUAAAUAGUGAGGGAAGGAGACUAUGCCAAUUUCUGGGAGAGCUAGGGUGGGGGAUAAUGAACGGAGAUGUGACAGAGGAUGAAGAGGGCGAAUUCACGUAUACAGGGAAUGGAGAGUUAGUGAUAGAUUAUGUGCUAGGAAAUGAAGAAACGAGGGUAAGAACGGUAAGGUUGGUAGUAGAGGAGAAAGUGGAAUCGGACCACCAACCAGUGGUAGUAUGGAUAGAGGGAGGAAAAGGGGAAGAUGGGAAAAGAUGGAGAAGGAGGAAAGGGGGGAGAGUGAAAAAGGGGUGGUGGACAGAAGACAGAAGGAAGGAAUUUGGGGAAGGGUUUGUAGGGAAAGAAGGAAGUGGAAAAGAGGUAGAAGAGGUGUGGGGAGAAUUAAAAAGGGAGGUAUUACAGGUGUUAGAAAAGAUGGAGAAGAAGUAUAAUAGGAAGGAAGGAAGAGAUGCGUGGGAUGAGGAAUGGAAGAAGAAAAAAAAUAUAGCGGAAGAGGAAUUGAAAAAAUGGAAAAGGGAAGGAGGAAGUGGGGAAAGCUUUAGGAAGGCAAGAGGCGAGUUAGGUAAAAUGAGUAGAGAGAAUAAAAGUAGAGAAAAAGAGAGGUGGGAGAAGGAGAUAGAAGGGAUAAGAACAGAGGGAGAGGUAUGGAAGGUUGUCAAUAGGGGAAGAAAGCGGAGGAAAGGAGUGAAUAUAGAAAUAGAGAUUGAGGCUUGGGACGAAUAUUUUAUAGGGGUAUUAGGAGGAGUGGGCUGGAGGGUAGAAAGAGAAGAGAGAGGGGAGCAGGGGGAGGAUGAAGAGGAGGAAGUAAGUAGAGAGGAAGUUUGGGCGGUAGUAAAAAAGUUAAAAGAGGGGAAAGCAACAGGAGGUGACGGAAUCCCAAACGAAGUAUGAAAGUAUGGAGGGGAAGUAGUAAGAGA